AUGUCUCCAGGCUGCCUGCGCUAUGUACGGUACGGUAUUCUUUCAAUUCAGAAUCCACGGGUCUCAAUGUUUGAAUUCCGGCUACGCGUCACCAGCAGAUUGUCGCAGUACUCACAUAAAAGCAAACAAUCUGCCAAAAUUGGUCUGCUAACCACGGUACCAAGCCCCAAGCCAAGUUUUGCUCAUGUUAAACGUUCUCAUCAGCUGCCACCUUGA